AUGGUACCAACACCGCAAGCACCACCAACGUACGGGCAAGGAAUGGAGCAAAAAGCCAGCGACAGAGUAGUCAUAUCUGGCAUGUCCGGCCUCUUUCCUGAUUCUCGUCACGUUCAGGACCUUGCAGAUAUACUCUAUAACAAGAAAAACCCCAUUUCGCCAACUCCGCGUUGGAUAUACAAUCAUCCAGAAGUAGCUCAGUACUUGGGCAAAGUGCCAAAUCUUGACUUAUUCGAUGCCCAAUUCUUCAAGGUGCACUACCUGCUCGGGAAUUCGAUGGAUGCUAUGGCUCGCAAGAUACUGGAACAGGCGUAUCAAGCAAUCUAUGAUGCGGGCGUGAGCCCAGAGCAAUUAUCCGGGAAAAAAGUUGGAGUUUACGUUGGUACUUGCUUCUCCGAAAGUGAAAAAAGCUGUUUUUAUGUUGCCGAAAAAAAAACUGGUUUCGGUAUUGCUGGAUGCAACAAAUCAAUGUUUGCAAACCGCAUUUCUUACUGGCUGAACGCUAAGGGUCCGUCGAUGUCGAUCGACCAAUCAUGCUGCAGCUCUAUAGCGGCGCUAGAGCAAGCCUACUUGGCUCUCAGUCGCGGUGACUGCGAGGCGGCAAUCGUCGGCGGUGGCAACGUCUGCUUGCAUCCACAAUCAUCCGUACAUUACGGAAGGAUUAUGUCCAUAAGCAUGGAUGGAAAAACAAAAUCGUUUGAUGAAAAUGCUUCUGGCUGUACCAAGUCUGAAGCUGUCAAUGUCUUAUUCCUCCAGAAAGCUAAAGAUGCUCUACGAAUUUACGCUGAUGUUAUUCACGUAAAAACUGAGUUCAAUUCCCUAUUGGCGGAUAGAACUGGACCGAAAUACGGCUUCUACCGUGACCCAGUGGAUGCGGUUCAAUUUCUUAACAAUUUUUAUAAAGAAGCAAGAGUAUCACCUCAAUUUGUUGAAUAUGUCGAAGCUUUUGGAUCAGCGGUACCUGAAGCUGAUAAAGCUGAAUUGGAGUCACUAGAUGCUGUGUUCUGCAAAAAUAGAAAAAGCGAACUGCUUGUUGGCAGUGUCAUGUCUAAUAUCGGUUACGGAGAAGCUGCAUCGGGCAUUUCUGCAGUGACGAAAGUCAUCUUGGGUUAUCAUAAAGGUGUUUUGGCUGCCAAUCUGAACUGUGAUAAUCCGAGACGCGAUGUAGCUGCAUUACGUGAUGGAAGAAUGCGUAUACUUACCGAGCACCAACCCUUCGGUCGAACCUACGCUUCUGUUAAUGGCUUAGCUAUAACUGGCGUUAACGCUCAUGUACUGUUGCAUGGUCAUUACAAACCCAAGGAUCUGACCCGAUAUAAGUGUAAUAUACCGCAUUUGGUCACCAUCUCGGCAAGGCAAGAUUUUUCCGUUAAAAAUAUCUUAGAUUAUUUAAAGUCUCGCCCCAUUGAUCCAGAGGAGCUUGCUUUAUUGCACAACAUUCAUCAGACUAGAAUCUCUGGUCAUUUGGGUAGAGGAUUUACAAUUCUAGAUACGAACCAAAAUCAGCAAACAGUGAGCUUAUGUGAAAGGGCGGAAUAUUUUGAUGAUUCACAACGUCCCCUAUGGUUCGUCUACAGCGGCAUGGGGUCGCAGUGGGUUGGCAUGGGUUCACAGCUCAUGCGCAUACCAAUCUUUGCAAGCGCUAUCGAACGUUGCAAUCGAGUGCUGGCGCCCAAAGGUGUGGAUAUUGUCAAAAUUAUCACUUCUUCGGAUAAAACAAUGUUCGACAACAUACUCCACUCAUUCGUCGGGAUAGCUGCCAUUCAAAUUGGACUUACUGAUAUUUUGCGGGAAUUGGGUCUCGUCCCAGAUAACAUUAUUGGGCACAGUGUUGGUGAAUUAGGAUGUGCAUAUGCGGAUGGCUGCUUUACACCUGAAGAAAUGAUAUUGGCGGCCUAUUAUCGCGGGCUUGUUUCACUGCAAACUCCUUUUAUUAGAGGAUCAAUGGCUGCCGUUGGCCUUGGAUACAAACAGGUGUUAACUAUGUGCCCAUCGGAAAUCGAAGUAGCGUGUCAUAACAGUUCAGAAUCUUGUACAAUAUCCGGUCCAGCAGAUAUAAUGAAACAAUUCGUCGCUGAGCUUACUGAUAAGCAAAUAUUCGCAAAAGAGGUGCCGUGUUCGAAUAUUGCGUAUCACUCGCGGUAUAUAGCGGACGCAGGUCCUGAACUUUUGAAAUAUUUAAGAGCCCAUCGCAAGGUUGUCCUCGGCCGAAUAUCAUACAAUAAUCUACUAAAUUCGGUGCUUUUCGAAGAGACUUCUCGUUAUAUUCCUUCUAACGCUGUCGUAGUAGAAGUUGCACCGCACGGCUUACUGCAACCUAUUUUGAAACGUUCCCUAUCGGAUUGCAGCCAUGUGUCGCUUACACGUCGCGGACAUCCUGAUAUUGUACAACACUUACUUGAAGCAAUUGGGAAGCUCUACAUGGAAGGAUACAAUCCUAAAGUACAAGUACUUUAUCCCCAAAUUGAAUUUCCUGUUUCUACGGAAACUCCAUUCUUAUCACAUUUGGUGGAAUGGGCUCACCAUGAUAAAUGGAAUGUACCACUUUAUUUAUCUGCACAUAGGAAAUUGACAGCUUCUUGUACAUUAAUUUAUUCGAUACAUGAUGUGGAAAAUAAAUACUUGACAGGGAAUGUUGUACGAGGAAAGAAAUUAUUCCCGUUUACCGCUGCAUUGAUGGCUGCUUGGGAUGUUCUAGCAAUGACAGCUUCAGUUCCCAAAAAACAAUUAUCAGUUCAAUUCCGUGAUCUGAAACUUCAUUCUCAACCAACUUUGCACGAUCAGCGUCAGUUACGUCUUACUGUAUCCUUACAGAGAGGAACUGGACGUUUUGAAGUUAUGGACAAUAAGGUUAAAGUCGUCACUGGUUAUAUUGGGGGUGAGAUAGCUGAGUCCAAAGUAUUAGUAACAGAACCUAUUUUAACUGACGAUUUAGAUCUAAAAUCUCAAGAUAUUUAUAAAUUAUUAUCCAAAAGAGGUUAUGAAUACAGAGAUGACUUUAGAAGUAUUCAUAGUGCAAACACUUCACUGACUAACGCAUUGAUUUACUGGCGAAAUAACUGGGUGACCCUCAUUGAUGGCAUGCUGCAGCUUAAUGCUCUAAAAUACCCUCAUGACUUCGUGGCAGAACCCAUGCGCAUAAGAAAAAUAACAAUUGAUAUAGAAAACCACAAUAACCAAAUGAUUCCGAUAGGCGAAGAAGCAGUCAUGACUACACAAAUAUCCGAGAUAGAUCAUGUGAUUAGGUGUGGAGGCAUUGUUAUUGAAGAUGUUACAUUUCGUAAACUGCCCGCAUUAAUUGCUGAACCCAAUUUAAUGACAUUAAAGUUUGUUCCUUACUUCGAGCCGAAUGAGGGUGAUAUAACGACAUCCCUACUGGUAUUUUUGCAAAUCGUUGCCGAGAAUCUCAACAGAACGUCCAUUAAUAUUUUAGAAUUAUCUGAUCGUAAGACAGAGAGAUCAAAUUUCGGGAACGUCCUAAAUGGCCUCAAUAAAAUACCUUUUGUCAAAAUUUAUCAUGACAUCCUAUUUAGAGAAAACAUUUUGGAAGAACGAGCAAGCAUGCUUAAUAAUAUUGAUUUAUUACUUGUUUCAAAUUUGUCUAAGGAUGAUAAGCUAUGCCAAGCGCUACAUCGUAUACUUUGUCCUAACAUGUUUUUGGUGAAUAUAGAAGAUGGUACAGAAUUUAAAAAAAAAAUAUCAACCCAUUACCAUGUUGUUAGUGCACAAAAUGUUAAUGGUCUCCGUUUGGAACUAGUGCGUUGGAGACCAACAUCUUCUGCGGUCGCUGCAAGUACCUAUACACUGCGUUCAUCCUCUGAUCUUGCUACGAUAUCUUCUACGCUAGCAACAUUACCUCAGCAACACAAAUUUAUCAUCUUGACAUCUUACCCUCCUAUCGAUGGACUUAAAGAAUUCGUGCAAAAGUGGAGAAAGGAUCACGUUGAAAUUUAUGUGCUUAUGAUUAAUAAAAAUAGCGAAGACCAAUUUAUAGACCAAUUACCAGAUGUUAACUUAACUUUUAACAUAUUCGAUAACGGACGAUGGGGCGGCGAGUUCUUUGUACCUUUGCAACUAAAAAUAGGCUCAACGCCUGAUAUAACACUUCAAACUUCCCGAAUGGGUGAUUUCAACUCCCUGCAUUGGACUGAAAUGCCCGAUUUAACCGGCUCUGGUGUGGAAGUGAUAGUACACUACGCAGGAAUCAAUAAAAUAGAUAUUCAAAGAUUUGAGGGUGCUUUACCAUCAAAUAAAAAUAACAACAAAUAUGGAAUGGAGUUCAGUGGAGUAACCAAAAGAGGGAAUCGUGUGAUGGGCCUUAUCAACGGCGGUGCUGUGAGUUCACGAGUACUAGCGCGACCCGAACUGCUGUGGCCCGUUCCACAAUAUUGGUCCCUUGAAGAUGCUGCAACUGUACCUCUUGCUUACAGUUUAGCCUUUUACUGCCUCUGCAUUGGCUAUAAGAUUUCUCGUGGAAUGAAUGUGCUUGUACACGGCGGUGCAGGGGCUUUAGGCCAAGCAGCGAUAUCAAUUGCACUAGGAAAUGGUUGCGAAGUGUUCACAACUGUAAGUGAUGCCAGAAAAAAACGGUUCUUACGAAAGUUGUUCCCAGAACUUCAAGAGUAUCAAAUCGGUUAUUCGCGUGACCAUACAUUUGGAGAUAUGGUAUUGACAGCCACGAAAGGAAAAGGAUGCGACGUAGUAAUAAGUUGCGUCGCAGAUGACCUUAAAAAUACAUCUCUUAAGUGUACGGCAAGUUUCGGCAUUAUGUUUGAUGUUGAACAUAUAACAACACAUAAUGAUUAUUCGUAUGGAAUGCACAACAUGACAAGAGGACGGUCUUACUCAAUCGUAGAUUUGCCUGAGUUAUUGCAAGGAAAUAACGACACCAUUAAGAUGCUGCAACUUUUAAUGAAGGAGGGAAUCACACGUGGCUAUGUGAGACCCCUUUCCAGAUUAGUCAAUUCUCCGUUCGAGGCAUCACGUGCCUUCAGACUUCUUACAGCUGGCCGCCACUGUGGCCGUGUAUUAAUCCAACUCCAAGCAUGCAACAAAAAUGGACAUACACCACGAUCUGAACCGAGACUUCAUUGCACUUCAGAUUUAAGCCAUCUUAUUUUAUGCAAUAACAACAAUUUCGGCUUACGAAUUGCAGAAAGACUAGUGCAUCGUGGCGCUAGAAAAAUAUACCUACAUUGUUUGAGUAAAUCUGGAUAUCUUAACUUCGAAAUUCGGUGCUUAGAAAAACUCGGAGUUCAAAUAAAGGUUUCUGAUGCUCCAUUGGAAAAUAAAGAAGAUGUCAGGGCCUUGAUAAAUAACUGUAUCAGUCUCAGCCAACUAGAGGGUAUUUAUGUGGUCAGAUUUGAUGAACAAUCUACGUCUAAAUCAUUUGAUGUACUACAAGAAUUAGACACGACUACAAGAAAGUUAUGCCCACGUCUGAAAUAUUUUGGGGUAAUCAGUGACUACUCAGUCAAAGGCAUACCGAGUUGUAUCUCCAGGAUGAAGAAUAACCUACCAUUGACUAUUCUAAGGCUACUAAAAUCAAAAAAGAUGGACGAUGUUGAACAUACUACGGAUUUGAAAACAUUUGAUGAACUAGCUGUUAUUAACUCGUUUGAACUUGCUUUAAGGUCUGAAGAAAACAUUUUAAUAGUUGAUGAGAUUUCAACAGAAUCUCAAUCUUUAUUGCAAGGAAUUCUAACUAUAGCAGGGAUAAAACUACAAAAAGACAACGAGGAAACAACCACUCUAUCCGAUUUGGGAUUAGAAUUAUAUAAAUCACAAAUUAUUUGUACAUUCUUGCGUGACACUCAUGGCAUAUCUUUAUCAGAACAGGAGAUACCGAACUUGUCGAUUGAAAGAAUAAAAGAAAUAGAGAAAACUAUCAUCGAUUCCGGAUUUAAUAGUACCAAAGGAUUGUCAACAUUUUAUACAUACAUAGAUCCUGAUGAACUUCUUGCAACGACGGAAAUGGUAUUUUUGCCAACUCAAAUGCAAAACUCAACAAUGCGUGACGAUGAGUUUGAUGUCACCCAAACGUUCUUAUACAUAGUACCCGGAUUAGAAGGGAAUUAUGAACGUUUCCGUAUUCUUUGUGAACGAUUGAAAGUGCCUGCAAUAGUACUACAGCCUGGACUAGAUCGGCCAGAUGAGACCGUAAUUGAUCUCGCACAGCGUUAUGCAGAGAUGAUUCUAAAGAAAACGGCGCUUGGACAAAACUUCUAUCUGCUGGGAUACGAAAGUGGAGUAUUAGUGGCGUUAGAAAUGGCGGCUUUUCUAGAAGAUCAAGGAUUAACCGGAACAAUAUUCUGUGUCGGGGAAUCACCAGAUAAAUUACAAGUCACCUUGAAGAAAGAACUGGAAGAAUAUAAAAAUGACGAAGAGUUACAGAUUGCUGUGAUUCUGCAUAUGUGCAAAUUGAUAGUGGGUGGCCAUACUGGAGAAAUGGAAGAAGAGCUACGUCGUACCACAACAUGGCCCGAAAGAGUUAAAAAAUGUGUGAAUUCAAUUUUGGGAAGGGUGUCUCAUUCUGCACAGUAUGCGCGAGCAUUGAUUGAGAGUGCAUAUGGAAGAAUUAAGCAAGUUCAAGCCUAUAAACCAAUUCCACGAGUGCUGCGCUCUAAACUAGUAUUGAUGAACGCUGCAUCAUCUGCUACAAGUUUUGAUCAAUCCUUGCAACUUUAUUCGCAGCAACCUGUUACUGUUUACCAACUUCGCGCACCUUUGGCACAUUCAUCUGCGGAUCUGCGGUGCACCGCUUUUAUCAACGAUCACCUGAGUGAUGAUUUGUUAAAGGCAUUCGAUAAUAAAAAUUUGUGCGAUACUUAUCUUCUUAAUGCAGAAAAGUUCAUGACUACG